UGCGUGACCGAAACAUCACAGCUACGGGGAGACUAAAGAAAGAGGGCCUUUCGACGGAUGUUGACGCGUGCUGACCGUUAUCUAGUGCUUUCCAUAUUUUAUCCAUUUAUUACUAUUUCAUAUAUCGUCUCACCAAUGGCGGAAGUUGGCCCAGAAACUAGCCCUCAAUCUAGCCCUUUCCAUAUUGAAGCCAUGAUUCUUGCUUAUGAAGAAGUCACGACGUCUGAAAAACGAUUGAAAGCCAGAUUUUUAAAAGAUGUCAAAGUUAAAGAGAGAGACUCGAAACGACCGAUGGUUGAAAGGCCGGUAUGGCCGUAUGAAUACUGGCGCACUAACUAUACAGACUUCGACGAUUUGGAGGCUAGCAGUACUCGGGAUUUCAAUCCACAGACUCGACGUCGCGUGCCUUUAAACGUGACAAGUGAAAGUCAAGCAUCACAAAAAGGAGAUUGGGAUCAUUUCAGUUUGCCAGAGACCAGACAAAACGAAGUAAACCCGGUGACAUAUGAAGCUAACACCGCGAAGGCCGAAUCCACGGCCGAGCACUCCUCAGAGGGAAUGAAUAAUGCCAUCCAAAGAGCGAUUAACGUGCUAUCCGAUCUGCAAGACUUAACAUCAGUAUUUCUUAAGAUUUACAGUGAGGCAGGAGAAAAAGAUUUAACAGUGAAAGAAGGUGAAAAGACGCAGGUAACACUGGCCGAAGGAAAUCCCGACAUAUCGAAACCGGAAGUAAUGGAUGAACACCAACAAAGAGAAUUAGCCAAGGGGAAUGAUCAGUUUCCAGGUAUCACGCCAGAUAACACUCUUAGUUUUAAUUUAAAAUCCAACAGCAACACAUUCGAAGGCUCAGAAGAACAAAGAACUAACAGUCCAACAGAGGAGUCAAACACACAAAGCAAAGAAAUAGUAGCCAAGGAUCUUACUCUAAAGAACACAUCUUUCCCUGGGGAGUGUGAAGUUCCGCUUGCAGAAGAAGAAUCUGAGACGGAACAGAGUUCUGAAGGUGGAGAUACAAAGGAAGACCUUGGUACACUCGACUGUCUUAACAAGGACACUUGCAUCAACGUAGAAAUGCGAUCCGAAGAAACCCUAGUGGAAACAAAGAUUGGUUUAAAGGGAAAAAGAGCAGAUGACUCUAAAGAGAGGCAACCCACAAUUGUUGAAUCAGAGCAAGACACAAGGGACAGAUAUAUCAAUAAAACCCUUGAGUGCAGUAAAGAGAUUAGCACACCUGAGAUACCUCAUUUUAAAAGUGAAUUGCAAGUUCCAGUUUCACAACAUUCUGUAUUACACAAUUUUAUCCAAAAAUGGUUACCAAGAAUCAGCAUUGAUGAGGCCACUAGUCAAUACAUCAGGCAUUUAGUAAGAAGUUUAAUGGACAAGACCAUCCUUCAACUGCAGGAAGCAUGUCCUAUAUUCUCCAAUUGCUACAUCAUAGAAACUGGAAGUAUGGCAGAGGGUACCAAGAUAGGCCACCCUGAUGAGUUUGAUUUCACUGUUGCCCUUCCUGUGCUGGCUGAUCCAGAUAUGGCAGAACUAUUGUAUAUCAAACUUGGAAUACAAGCACGGCUUCAUGAACAAAUGUCUGACAAGGUUCUUUCUUUCCUGAGCCAGCUUUCUUCGGUGGAUACUUCUUAUGGCAAAUUGCUUACAAAUGCUUUUCUCCUCCAGGUUUUCCGUGACACUUUAAGGAAACAUUUACCAAUGGGAUGGGAAAUGUUACAGGAAAGUAACAUGCACAUGAUGAGAGUAUUUCUAAAGAAUCAGACUUUAACCAUUCAUUUACAAUGUACCUCUGGACCACAUUCAGGUUUUAUCCUGUCUAUUGAUGUAUGUUUUGGGAUUCCUCUUAACACCGAGCGACUUCAGACUGUUCUUGUUGGAGAUGGUUUUCAUGCUGUUCAUCUUUCCCACGUUCAAAGUGAUUGUAUGCGAUUGAACACGGGAGUCGUUGCAGUUAUCAGUCGAAACCCUUUGGUUGGAGCACGUUUGUUUUAUGAAACAGAGCCGUACAGAUUUCACUGCAACAAUUUGGCUGUAGACUGUUACAAACUUUCAAAACAUGUAGCAAACAUGUUUCUGCCAAAAAUCAAGAAAAACAAUUGUAGUUUAUGUGAGGACACCUUGAUCCCAUCCUUUUACAUGAAAACUGCAGUAGUUUUCAUGAUGGAUGUCUACACUGAGGAAAAUGACUGGUCUGGUGUUCAGCUUGGAAACAGACUGAUAGAAAUAUUUGAAAUUUUAUACCGUUGUUUCUUACACCAAUAUUUAGCUUACUACAGCUAUCCAAAUAAUGGUCUACAGCAAGAGCAGGCAAUGAUAUAUAAUCCAACAAAUGGCAGCCUUAAGGUGGGGAUUGGCUUGGAUGAUGACAAACCUUGUGCUAUCCCAUGUUUGGAAGACCUUAAUUUUGCAACAUCUCACAGAGACACGACCAUUGCAGUUAAAAACUACUGGAGAUACAUGCAAAGUGAAGAAUGGACAGUCUGUGACCUGCUACACAAACUCACUGAGAUCCUCUAUGUCUUCAAAUUUACAGAAUAACUUUCUUUCAAAUCUUUCCUACAUUAGCAUGUGUGGUGUUUCUUAGGUCAAUUUAAGACCUGCAUGGAACCAGCAGGCUUCUUAAUUUAGCAAAGUAAUAAUGUUCACAGAUUAGAACACUGCAGUUACAACAUCCAACAAAUAUUAGAUGUAGUUUCUAUCAAAUUGUAUGGGUGAUGGUUUAGGUGGAACCAAUAUUCUUGUAUUAGGAAAAUUAAUCAUAAUGAUUAUCUACCUUUUUAUAUCUGAACAAACAGGCUAUGGGUAUCACUAGUGUUUUAAGAAUCCAUCAAAAAUUUCUCUAGAGUUAUGUUUAUUUCAGUCUUCAAAAUCAAGAGUGCAAUGCAGUAGAUUACAAGAAAUCUAAAGGUCUUUACUAUGUUAAAACAUAAUUUUCAGUGCAAUUUUUUAACAGUAUCAAAGUUAAUAACAAGCCAACAUGUCGUAAGUCAGACAAGCUGAAGAGAAAAAAUUAAUCAUCAAGACUUGAGAGGAAGUGGCAGUAGAGAGAUUUUUCAUUGGAAAACAAAAACAACAAUUUAAAAUAAAAAGUGUUAAUUAAAUUCUUGCAUACUACAUGUAUGUAAAAGUACAUUCUUUUUCACCCAAGACUUGACAAGAAAAGCAGAAAUCUAAAAUGUACAAAGCAAUACAGCUGUUUGUCCUAAAGUGGCCUAAGAUUAGCUUUUGCUGCUCUACUGAGGUUUUGAAUGUCCAGAGCAGGUAGAGCCCUUAAGUUUACAAAUCUCAUGGGAUUUAAAGCCACCCUCUCCAGAUGAAACAACAUACAAGGUACAUUACCUACAACAUGAAAAACAGGUUUUAAUCUAGAAACUGUUAUUUAGACUAUGCCCAAAUGUAGCUUAGACCAAGCUGUCAGUAGUACAGUUCAUGUAGAUCACUUACAUGUAAAAAGGCAUCCAAACUGUGAAGGGUUUAAUUUGCAGAUGUGAAGGUCUAGUGUAACUGCAUGUAUGUUCCACUUUGUAUGGUAUGGUUUUCAGUCAAGCAUCUUCAUGAAUCUGGGAUAGUUUGCUUACUAUUAGUCAGAAAUCAGAGAGUUUGGGUCUAGAACAGGGUAUCCUGUUCCACCAAACUGUUCAGUUGGUUGAAGAUUUUUAGUCUAGACUAGGGAAAUUGGGAAUAAAAAAAUCAUCAAAUUCAAAUUUGCCCACAACUCAUUUUAAUAACAAAGUAAGUAACAACUUUAAGAAGUUUGGAAAAUAGCAGCUCUAGGAAAGGAAGGGAUUUUGGGCACGUCUCCACUCAAAAAUUCCUUUAUAGUUGUACCCACACUUGCACUUGAAUCAUCUUAAAAUUGAAUUCCUUCAGCUAAGUCCUACUCUAUUACAAAAUGUUGAAAAAUGGUAGAGUAUUCUCAUGAGGUGAAAAUAUGUUGGUACAAGAUUGAAAAUGUCUCACUUUUUUCUCUUUCACCAACCAAUAGAUAUCUGUAUCAGAGGAGCAUUAAACACUUGCUUGACAGUUGUAGUCACCCCUUGUCAUGAAGAAAAUUCUCUUGCUCUACUGCCCAAGUUAGUUCUUCAGUCCACAUCACACAGAUAAAUUCUAGAGGAAAACACAACUAAGUACUGUAAAUAAAGUAGUCAAAGUUGACAAUCCUUUCAUGCAAGUUGAAACUAGAGGGUACUUGUCUAAAAAUAUUUUCACUUGCACAGUUAAUUGUUGUUACCAUUUGUUGCAAAUUUUUCUUCACUUUCAUUGGUUGAGAGCUCACCAUGUGACCCUCAAAAAAACUGCACACUUUUCCAUCCUUGCUAUUGCUCUUAUGUAAAAAUGGCAGAUUUCUUCCCUUCCUGAAGAUAUUAAUUAAAAGAACAAACUCGGUGAUCGAAUAAUAAAACAAUUAUUGAACUUGGUUAUUGCAAAAUAUUGUGAUUUGUCAGUGUCUUGCCUGCUCGCCACCGACAAAUCACCACAUUUUGCUCAACCUCAUCCAAUAAUUGUUAAUUAUGAGUAAAAAAAAUAUGUGUAUUCAAAUCAAAUUUGCUGCCUUUUUCAAUAAACAGCCAUGGAUACAACAGAUAACUUAAACAGUUUUUUUUUCUAGGUUUCUUUCCCUUAAAACAUACAACUCAGGGUGAGGCAGUUAAUAAG